AUGUUGGAGCAGUGCCGGGUAUCAUGCGAGAUUUCCAUACCCCAGGUGCUCGAAGCCAGCGCAGAAGCUCUUUGCAAAGCAACAGGAGUCGAGGAGCUGGUGAAGUUUUUCGAUCGGUACAUGGUUGUGGUGGAGAUGGGAUUCGCGCCAUGGAAAGCCACCCUUCGGGGGGCCUUCCACAACGUCGACAAGGCUUUGAAGGAGAACUUCCUUAAUAUCAUGCUGGAAAUCUGGAAGCGUGCAUCUACCCUGACGGUGCUAGACGAAGCUGUCAAAAGGCAGAUUCAAGUUCGGUUCGAUCUCAAUCUCUCUACCAAGGCCUGGGCGGCUGACGAGCCCUGGACUAUGAACAUGGCGGCGCACGAAAAGGCCACGAGGAAGGAUAAAGACCAAAAGAAGAAGGAGGCAGCCGAGAUUGCAACGGCAGCAGCAAGGGCAGCAAGGGCAGAGGAGGAGAGAAAGGCGCAAGAGGCUGCAGAGGCAGCCGCAAGGCUAAGAGCGGAGGAGGAGAGAAAGGCACGAGAGGCCGCAGAGGCAGCGGCAAGGGCGGAGGAGGAGAGAAAGGCACGAGAGGCCGCAGAGGCAGCGGCAAGGGCAAAAGAGGAGAGAAAGGCGCGAGAGGCUGCAGAGGCAGCCGCAAGGCUAAGAGCGGAGGAGGAGAGAAAGGCACGAGAGGAGGAGAGAAAGGCACGAGAGGCCGCAGAGGCAGCGGCAAGGGCGGAGGAGGAGAGAAAGGCACGAGAGGCCGCAGAGGCAGCGGCAAGGGCAAAAGAGGAGAGAAAGGCGCGAGAGGCUGCAGAGGCAGCCGCAAGGCUAAGAGCGGAGGAGGAGAGAAAGGCACGAGAGGCCGCAGAGGCAGCGGCAAGGGCGGAGGAGGAGAGAAAGGCACGAGAGGCCGCAGAGGCAGCGGCAAGGACAAAAGAGGAGAGAAAGGCGCGAGAGGCUGCAGAGGCAGCCGCAAGGCUAAGAGCGGAGGAGGAGAGAAAGGCACGAGAGGCCGCAGAGGCAGCGGCAAGGGCGGAGGAGGAGAGAAAGGCACGAGAGGCCGCAGAGGCAGCGGCAAGGACAAAAGAGGAGAGAAAGGCACGAGAGGCUGCAGAGGCAGCCGCACGGCUAAGAGCGGAGGAGGAGAGAAAGGCACGAGAGGCCGCAGAGGCAGCGGCAAGGGCGGAGGAGGAGAGAAAGGCACGAGAGGCCGCAGAGGCAGCGGCAAGGGCAGAGGAGGAGAGAAAGGCCCGAGAGGCUGCAGAGGUAGCCGCAAUGGCGGAGGAGGAGAGACAGGCACGAGAGACCGCAGAGGCAGCGGCAAGGGCAGAGGAGGAGAGAAAGGCGCGAGAGGCUGCAGAGGCGGCCAGAAUGGAGGAAGAGGAGAGAAAGUCACGAGAGGCCGCAGAGGCAGCGGCAAGGGCAGAGGAGCAGAGAAAGGCACAGGAAGCUGCAGAGUCCGUAGAGGUAACUGUAAAAGUGGAGGAGCAGAGAAAGGCAGAACACGCGGCCAAGAAGCUGCCGCCAAAGCACAAGGCGGCCCCUCCAAUCUUCCACCAGCGACCGGUUCCGAAGCGAAUGCCGCUACACCGAGUUCCGAAGCACGAUUACACGGGGCUUGGAGAUGUGCCCCAGUGGCUGCAGGACAAGGAAAACCGUGCGUAUGAGGCCUAUGCUAGAAACCCACCCCCAGGGCAUAAACCGCUGGAAGAGGCUUGGAGAUGGCGGUCCAGGCGCACUUUUGAAUUGCAAAGCAUUCAAAAAGAGGGCGAUCCAGAAACCGAGCCUGAUUUGCAGGACAGGUUGCUUGCUCUCCCUGCCCGUGAACUGCUUCUUGAUUUGCGUGCCCUUGCAGAUAAAGAAGAAGCAAUGUCAGCAUCGGUGCCUGAGGCUCUAUAUCUUCAGCUAUCAAUGGCCUAUGAGGCUUAUAAGUGGGCUUUUGGGCUCGGCCGGCUGAGCAUUGCAAUGAAAGAAACGCUUCGAGAUCAGAUCUGGGACACGGUUCUCUAUGUGGAGGACCGUUUCAGAGAUCGCUUCUGGACCCGCCAGGCGGCGCAGACGCUAAAAGUCUUAGUGACCGUCCCAGCCAUGGAUCUUUUGGAAACGAGGCCGCAAGCACAGACGGUGAGGAGCUUGGAAGCGCCCGCAGCUGCAAAGCCCGCUCCGCGGAAACGUCCGAGGUCUCCAACUUCCCCGCCAGCGCCCAGGAAACGAAGCUACCGAAUUUCAGUCCCGGUAGACGAAGUGGAGUUCUCACAAGAUUCGAUCGGGGAGAGAUUCACUUGCGGCCGGGAGCUGCAGACGACAAUAGACGAUCUCCGCCAUGGCAAGGUCCAUCCGGACAGCAGCGCCUUCCUGGUGCUAAAUGCGAUGAAGACCGCGGCACGAACACGAUUCAUUUGUCGAAACAAUCGACGCCUCCAUUGCUUGAAGGAAUUUCAGAAGCGAGAGAGAAGAAGACGAGGAGACAGAGACUUUACUGUCAAAGUCCGGCUGAACGUCAUAGAAGACCGAGAUCGAAAUAUAAGCGACUUCAUCGGGCAUCGCACAAGAGCUACGAAGGACAAUGCUGAAGGUUCUGAAUGGUGGGAGACUGGCGUGAAUUUUCACAGUGGACCUGCCGUUGAGGACAACGAUAGCGGAGACUCCCCAAGUCCAGCAGCGAGCUGGCCCUGA